UCUGUCUUGUCGUUUCUCGUAAAGAGUACUCCCCUUACCCAGUCAUCGUGACGCUUUUGCCAAUUGGAGCUCGACAUCCCUGGAGCUUCCUCUUAACCUCGGCGAAACUCACCCGACGUGCCAUACUUCCCUCGCUCCUAAAUUCUCCGAACAUCGCGAAACCUCUUCUCGUGAAAGCUUCAUCUUUCAUCCGCCUCUCCAGUCCAUGCUCUCGCGAUCGUCCCGUCUCCUCUCAGCCUUCCAAGCCAAGAGCUCACCUACCAGGCUCUUCUCAACAACCGCAAAGAUGCCCGUCCACCACCUCAUGAUCGGGACCUGGACCCCGCCAGGCGCCAUCUUCACUGUCGCUUUCGACGACGAGAAGCUGACCCUCGAGCUCGUAAAGCGCACCGAGAUCCCCGAGGACCAGCCGAUAUCAUGGAUGACCUUCAGCCAUGACAAGAAGAAUCUCUACGGAGCCGCCAUGAAGAAGUGGGCAAGCUUCGCAGUCAAGAGCCCUUCAGAAAUCGUCCACGAGGCCUCUCACGACAUGACCCACGACCCCAACGCCGCCCUCUCAACAACAAACACCCGUGCAAUCUUCCUCCUCGCGGCCCAAAAGCCCCCUUACGCAGUCUACUGCAAUCCCUUCUACAAGCACGCCUCCCACGGCAACAUCUUCUCCGUCUCCUCCUCGGGCGCCCUGGAGACAAACGUCCAAAACUACCCCUACGACCCCAACACGGGCAUCCACGGCAUGGUCUUCGACCCCACAGAAACCUACCUCUACUCCGCCGACCUCACCGCCAACAAACUCUGGGUCCACAAGAAGACCUCUCCCGACAGCCCCGAACUCGAGCUUGUCGGCUCCGUCGACGCCCCGGACCCGGGCGACCACCCCCGCUGGGUCGCCAUCCACCCGACGGGACGCUACCUCUACGCCCUCAUGGAGGCAGGCAACCGCCUCUGCGAAUACGUCGUCGACCCGGCCACCCGCCUCCCCGUCUACACCCACCGCUCCUUCCCGCUCAUCCCCCCAGGCAUCCCAGGCGCGACUACAAAGAUGUACCGCUCCGACGUCUGCACCCUCUCCCACAGCGGCAAGUACCUCUUCGCGACGGCCCGCUCAAACAGCUUCGACGUGACGGGCUACAUCGCCGCCUUCAAGCUCGACGACAGCGGCCACAUUGAGAGGCAGAUCUGCCUGAACCCCACGCCCACGAGCGGCGGUCACAGCAACGCCGUCAGCCCCUGCGACUGGAGCGACGAGUGGAUCGCCAUCACGGACGACCAGGAGGGCUGGAUCGAGAUCUACCGGUGGCAGGACGAGUUCCUGGGUCGCGUUGCGCGGUUGCGUAUCCCCGAGCCCGGAUUCGGAAUGAAUGCUAUUUGGUACGAUUGA